AUGCAGGGCAAAUUAAAACACCUUGAAAAACUUGCCAAACUUGUGGGAUUAGAAAUAAACAUAGACAAAACAAAGGCGAUGAAAAUAAACUCUACUAGCACAGCCAGUCUGGAACUCAAUAACCAACAAAUAGAGCUCGUUAGCAGCCUCUGCUACCUGGACAUCAUCACAACACCAGAGGGCGGGGCCCAAGAAGAUAUAGACAACAGACUGAAGAAAGCAAGAGCGGCGUUCGGUAGACUGCAGCCAAUAUGGAAAAGUAGCCAGAUAUCCAGAACGACUAAGGUCAGAAUAUUCCGGUCUUGUGUGAAAUCGGUUCUGACAUAUGGCAGCGAAACUUGGCUAACAUCAAAAUCUACCAGUCAAAAGUUGCAAGUAUUCAUCAAUAGAUGCCUCAGAAUAAUAUGCGUCAUAUUCUGGCCAAGACAUAUAAGCAACAAAGACCUCUGGAUAAUAACAGGCGAAGAACCUAUCGGAAGGCAAAUAAGAAGAAGAAAGUGGAAAUGGAUUGGGCACACUCUAAGUAAACCCGCCAAUAAUAUCGCUAAAAUGAGCUUAGAGUGGAACCCGCAGGGUUCAAGAAGACCUGGACGCCCCAGAAACACCUGGCGUAGAUCUGUAAAAUCAGAACUAGAAAACGGAGGUCUAACAUGGAGUCAAGUCAAGCAAAUAGCCCAAAAUAGAACAAGAUGGAGAUGUCAAGUGGAAGCCCUAUGCCCCCAAGAGGAGUUAGGAGAAAAAAAAAAAAAACGUUGA